GAUUGAUAUCACGGACGCACUGGGUUUUCCGCCAUUAUUGAACACUUUCCGUUGUAAAUCUGGUUUGAUCACAGGUCUUGCGACCAUGCCUCGAAAUAAGAGUUUCCUGGUUGUGGCCGCUUUUGACUUCGGGACAACAUACAGCGGGUAUGCCUAUUCGUACACCCAUGAUAAGACAAAAGUGUGUACCAAUCAAAACUGGUAUUCUGGUGGCGCCUCUUCCAAGCUCGCUUCACUUAAAACGCCAACUAGUGUUCUUCUCGAUGACAAAGGACAGUUCCAUUCUUUCGGAUUCGAUGCGGAGGAUCAUUUUGCGAUGUUAGCAGAAGACCAACUUCAUGCAGGAUGAAGGCUGUUUAGACGUUUUAAAAUGAUGCUUCACACAACCAAGGCUCUCUCCCGCCAUACAAUAGUAGAGGACAUAGAGGGGAAGCCUUACCCUGCCAUGGAUAUAUUCACACUGGCAAUCAAAUACUUCUGUUAGACACGUUUAAACAAAGAAUACCUGAUAUGAAAGAGACAGACAUUCAGUAUAUUAUAACCGUACCAGCAAUUUGGGAUAUAGCUGCAAAACAGUUCAUGAGAGAGGCUGCGGUCAAGGCGGGAAUCGAUGGCGAACGACUGGAAAUGGCUUAUGAAUCAGAGGUUGCAGCGAUUUGGUGUUCAUGGUUAAACUAUGGUAGCGCGAGUAAAGAAAUGGAAACACCAUCAAAAUACAUGGUCAUAGACCUUGGAGGUGGAACAGCAGAUGUCUCCAUCAUCCAGAAAUUACCGGCAAAUCAUGUUAAAGUGAUACAUAAGGCUAGUGGUGGUGCUUGGGGUGGAAUAUAUGUGGACCAGAACUUCCUAGUAUACUUAGACAACGUUUUAGGAAAAGGCGUUUUGGAAGAAUUACGGACAUGUCAUAUUCAAGACUAUUUCGAAUUGAUCAGGGAAUUCGAAACUAAAAAGAGAUCAAACACAUUCCAUACAAGCCAAGUUUGUAUAAUGCGGCUUCCGUUUUCAUUAAUGGAAAUUGCCCGAAAGCGAAAUGCUGCCAGUGGAAAGAGUAUCGGGCAAUCAGACAAGUUGCGUAUUAAUCAAUCGGACGUAAAAACUUUAUUUUCGGAACCAGUUUCGAGCCUUAUCGAUCAUAUAAAAGACUUCAGAAAGCUUGAUACUGUAAAUGAUGUAAACACUGUUUUGUUGGUCGGUGGGUGUUCGGAAUCAACUUAUGUUCAACAGAGGCUCAGAGAUGAACUUCCCGGAAUCACUCUGAUUGUUCCUGAAGAUGCAGGGCUUGCGGUUCUUAAAGGAGCGGUGCUGUUUGGACACAAUCCAUCCAUAGUUGCAUCACGUGUAAUGGCGCAUACAUACGGCAUAGCUGUGAAUAAUUAUUUUGAUGAGAAGAAACAUCCAUCUGAGUUAAAAACGCUAUAUAAAGGCAAAUGCUUUGCGAUUAACUGUUUUGAAAUCUAUGUAAAAGUGAACGAGGAGAUCCGCGUGGACCAGGAGGUAGUUCGUUACUUUAAACCUGCGGACAGACAAUCACACAUUGAAGUAUACAGAACCAUGUCAGAUAAGCCGGAAUACACUAUAGAACCCGGUUGUGAGCUGCUUGGUAAAUUGGAGAUCAAUAGCACUGACAGUGUACCGUUAACGGAUCAGAGAAUCGAAGUGCAUUUUAUGUUUGGCCACACUGAGCUGCUUAUUAAGGUUAAAAAUGUGCACACGGGAGAAGAAACGACACUUGCAUUAGAUUGUUUAAAAUAAUCUGGAACAAUAUAUCAUUGUAGUUUGCUUGAGUGUAUGUGGUGGACCACCUUGAUACUGACAUGUGUUUUUAUGGUGUCUGUUACUAGACAAUAAUCUUAUCAGUGUGCUCACUAUUCAAAUUAAAGUGUAAUGUUUUGUUUUUGUACUUCGCAUGAUAAUUUAAUUUGCCCUUCUGUAAUAUGUAUUCUCAUUAAUCACACAUUGUGCAUAUAUGUGUUAACGUGUAUCUAACAUAGAACAACACUACAGUGUACUAUACAUAAAACUAUAAAUUUAGCCAAUGUUAUUGUAUUUCAUAGUUUUCAAACUCGACGUAAAAAUUGAUGGUUAGGCAUACAAAUUAAAUUUAGCAUAUCGUUAUUGACAAACUCAUUAGCAAUAGCCAAAGUCACAACGGGUUUGACCCAGUUGUUACGAUCGUAAAAACUAAAACGUUUCGUGAACAAAAUCCAUCAUUCCUGCGCCAUAUAGGAUAAGGUGAUUCAGACUUGUCAAAAAUUCACUUUAAUUGUAAUUCCGAAAAUGUGUGUAUACGAAAUUCUUUAAAAUAUUUGUCGUUAUUAUUGGCCAGAGUUUCUUUUGAAAAUAUAACUCGUGAACAUAUUGGAUAAUUGGAUAACGGACACAUUCUUCUGAAGACAGAAAACAUGCAUAGUCAGUGGUUGACACGGUAGGCUGUAUAUAUUCAGUAUUUUCUGAGCAUGUACUUUAUUAUGUGUUUGAACAUGAAAAAUUAUUAUAGGAUAUAUUCUAUCAGUGGUAUAAUUAAUGUUCAAAUCAAUGCUACAGCUUUGUAUAAUAUUGUGGUUACAAUAAUUGACACCACAAAAGGUCUGACUACUUACAAUAGUUGUUGUUAGGCAAAGUAUAAUUUCCUAUGAAAUACUGUUUAAUUUAACUCAUGCUUAAAUUCAUUGAUGACCUUUCUCUUAUUGUAUGUAUGCAAUGCUUAUCAUUUUAAUUAGUAAUGUACCUAGCAUAUAUUUAGGGAUGUCACUUUUUGAAGUGUGUUAUGGUUUAAAUUGUACAUUCGAUUGUUCACUGUUCCCUGAUAAAAGCCCAUAAACACUCAAAAUAAACGAAAUGUUUGUACAAUAUUUUGAAAAAUAAAAAUUACAUAUGAAAAGUCAAUGUUCCUUACAGCAAUAGCCAAAAUUUCAAUGCUGGAUGUGGUCAAGAAACAUUAACACGAUACAAAAUGCUAUUGUGUUUUUUGCGGUACAAUAUAUUCAAUAUAAUGAAGUGAAGAACAUUCAACACAUGUUCGUGUACCAAGUGUUCGUUUGUCAUAUGAAUAUAUAUAUUUGCGGGAAACUAAUAUAUAAUAUAUUGUGCCACAAACAAAUAAAAACGAGUAUUUUGUAUCUCGUUAAAUUUAUGUAACCAUACCACACAUAAAGAGUUGAAAUUUUAGAUAUUGCUAUAAAGAACAUUUAUUUUACUUUUUGUGCAAAAUAUUCGUUGAUUUUGAGUAUUUAUAUUACUUUAAAGAAUGUGAGUAUUUUAUUUAUCUAUGAUUAAAGCUCACAAAUAAUACAUUAUGUAUGUGAACAUCAUACACAUUCUUUGAUAUUGUUUCCCUCUUGCAAAAGAUAAGGAGGGACCUUGUUUUGUAAUUGUGAUGUAGAUACUUUGUAUACAAAAUACAAUAAGACAACGCAUUUUUCUUAAGGUUGAAUAUGUAACCGAUGGUAUUUUUGUAAGUGUACAAAUCAACAUUUCGUAUACAUUUCUGGAAUUGCGAGGAACAAAUAAAUGUUGUUUUAUUA